GCCCGAAGAUCCUCCAAACCUGCAAGGUUCUCUUCUUUCACUUUCCAAACUCUUCCAAAAAGCAUCUACGCCAUCAUGUCCGCCCUUGUUGGUGAAUGGCAUGGGUACUUUGCCUACCCCGAUGGCUCCAAGAGGGACAUGAGCCUCAACAUUGAUAAGGCGGCCAACAACACCGUCUUCACCGGCACCGGCAGCGAGGCUCGCGGUGCCUUCAACGUCAAAGCAGGUCUCUGUUUCCCCGCUAGCGAGGGAGGCGCCACCAUCGUCACGUUCGUGCAGGAGUACCAGUCUAUCUGGCCCGGCCAGCUCUGGUCCCACCGCGGCACCCUCUCGGCCGACGGCAACACCCUCAGCGGCGAGUGGUACGACUCCCCCGCCGACGGUCGCAACCGCGUUGGCACUUGGUCCGUAACGCGGGGACCGCGCGGCCCCAUCUCCCCGCUUAGCGGCACCUGGAGCGGUACUUACUGGUAUCCCACCGGGGGCUCCAAGACCUUCACUCUAGCCGUUGAGCCCUUCACCGUCGGCACCUCGUUCAAGGGCAAGGGCAACGACGGCGCCUGGUUCAGCGUCGAGGGCACGGUUGGCGCAAACGGCGCUGUCUCGUGGCGGCAGACAUACGAUUCGCAGUGGCAGGGCCAAGCGUGGUUUUGGAAUGGGGUACUGAACGGGAACGAGAUUAGGGGUAACUGGCAAGACUCUUCCAACGACGGCAGGAACAGGACUGCAGCAUUUGUCUUGACCCGUGCUUAAGGCUGGAUGUUUGAUGGAGGGAACUGGAAUAUAAGAGAUUUGGGGGGCUGGUUCUGAACAUCAGCUCUAGUAGCCCGGAUGUGAAGUAGAAACAACUUGAACGUGGUGGUUGUCGCGACCCUUGUCAGUACCUAAACAGGUUACUCUCGAUCAUAAAGCUACCUACCUUAGUUGCUAAGCUUUAUUAGUCCCGG